AUGGCCGUGGAAACCUAUGAGGUCUUCGGGCAGAUGAAAAUGGGCCCUGCCGGGGGCUGCCCGGCAGAGCUCCACGGAAAGAAGGCGCGAAUCAAGUGCUCCGAGGGCGACAUCUUCGAGCUGCCCGCGGAUGCGGUCGCCCUAUCAUUGCGAGCACGCAAGGAUCUACUCGAGAAGGGCUGUGACCAAGAGCUGGACUACCCGAUUAAGAAGUCAGUCAUGGCCAAGUUGUCGGAGUACCUGAAACACCACAAAGAGCAUGCCUGCAGUGAAAUUCGAACGCCGCUUGUGAGUGACAACUUGGUGGACUGUGGUGCCAGCAGAUGGGAUGCUAGUUUCGUGAAUGUUGACAAAGAGACGCUCUUUGAUCUCACUGUGGCAGCUACAUAUCUUGACAUCCCUGGCCUGUGGUUUCUCCUGAGUGCUAGGGCUGCGGUCAUCACCAACAACAAGACAGCAGACAAGCUGCGCAAAGAGUUUAGCAUGGCCAACGAUUUCCCAGCAGCAGAGGAAGCAGAGCUUAGACGGGAGUAUGCGGCAGCCUUCAAGUUACCAGAUACUACGGAUCUGUCGCAACUGGCUGCAUCAUCAGUGAUUCGCAGCGGUGUCAAGGCUGCAGAGUACAAGUCAGGUCUUCAACCGCUGGCCGAACCCUCCAGUGAAACAUCUUCUGAAAUGACUUUGAAGAGCUGGCGCCAUGCCAUGUGGAGGGCAGCUGUCUUGGAUGAUUGGAAGCUCUUGGCCAAUGCUCCGGAGCAGGUGAAGGGCGACCGUGACCUGGUAAAGAGUGCCAUCCUGACAAGCCAGGGCGCUGCUUUGAAGUAUGCCGCCUCUGAAUUGAAGGCUGACCAGGCACUGGUCCUGGAUGCCACCAAAUACUCAGGCAUGGCUUUUGCAGAUGCAGCUCCAGAGCUGCGCAACGACAAAAGCUUCCUUUUGAAGGCUGUGGGCGCUCAUGGUGGUGCUAUGUCCGGUGCUCCAGAUUCGAUGCGCAGUGACAAAGCAUUCCUGCUAGAAGCAGCAAAGGCUGGCAAGGGUGCAGCCAUGCAGGGAGCUAGCUUAGCUUUGCGUGAGGAUCGCAACUUCGUCUUGGAGAUGGCAGUGCAUGAUGCUGAGGCAUACCGCUAUGCAUCAGAGGACCUCCUGAACGAUAAGGACUUCGCAGUGGCUGUUGCCAAACGAAAUGGAAAGGCCCUGAAGUUCAUGUUGCCCAUUUUCAAGGCCGACCCAGAUGUUGUGCGGGCAGCCAUUUCCAGAGAUCCGCAGGCUGCUCAAUUUGCCCAUGCAGCGAGACGAGCAGAGCUGGGCAUGACCCAGGAGUCAAUCAUGGGAGAAGUGCAGCUGAAGGAAGAGUUGCAGAGUCAAUUGAAGGCCGCACAGGACGAGGCUUCAUCAACUACAGCUCUGGCAAUCGCAGCUGGCCCAAGACAGGUACCAGUACAGGCAAUCUCAGGUGGAAUGCAUGCAACCUGCAUGAGGUUGCAGAAAACCGUUUACUUCACAGCUAUGAGCACUAUGACGGCCAACAUGGGCCAGGCCAACUACAUUGCCUCGAAUGCCUACAUGGACAAGAUCCCUGCAUAUGAGCGGCCAGAGGUAGAUGCAGUGGGUUUGAUGUGGGGUGCUGUGGGCGGAAUCGGCAUGCGUUGGAAAGCCUUCGCCUCCGAAGAUGUGCUCAACAAGACUCCCGAGGCUCUACUCACCAUCCCCGACUCCAGCAAGGUCCUCCACGUGGCCUGCUGCACCAUGUUUCCCCCUGAAUGGUUCUCGGCCUCCCACUUCGAUGAAAUGACCCGCGGCUACUACCUCUCCCCCACCGCUGGGCAAAUCAAGCUAGAGCUCAGUGAAGCGGCAGCCCAAUCAUGGGAGAAGCAAGUGAAUCAAGGGGACAUGGACAAGAAAGCGCUUGAGGACUUGCCGACCAUUGACAGACGUCCAGUGCCCAACAACUUCGCCAAUGCCCCGCUGGGCGGCUGGCCUAGCUUGGUCACCUCGAGCCCAGCGGUGACCAUGUCCAUGCCCUUGCAGAAGGGAUCCAAAGUCCGUUUGACCGGACUCCGUGCCAAGAACGGUGUCACUGGCAUCUUGAUUCAGCAGUUUGGUGAUGGGAAGUGGAAGGUGAAGCUGGACGACGGUUCAGGCAAUGCCUUGCUGCGCCCAGGCUUCUUUGAGGCCAUUUAA